ACACUACACAACCUGUGGCUCAUUCAGACCUAUAUAUGCACAUCAUUUAUGCCGUCUUUCAGUCAGUGGCGAGGAUACUGCACAGUGCGUUUCUAAGCUCUCCAGUGCGCGCAGCUCUCCGCGUUGCGCGUGAUUGAGGAGAUAUCCACCGCACGUUCGUUCUUUCACAAGGCUUUUUAUUCACACAUAUCCACAUUUGCGUGCAUCUGUCACUAUGUGAGUCGCUGGACGUGGAAAACUUUUUGCAUAACACAGCGAGGAAUAUUUAGUGAGAAAAGUGUGGUAAUGCGCUUGGAGGAUCUGAUGGAGAAAAGAACACGAAUACUGAGUUGUUCAGAAAUUGCCGGGCACGCUUACUGAAUUUUAGGACUCUAUGGAUUGGUUUUAUAUAAGGGUCUAUAUUGAUAAAAGCAAUUUGGAGUUGAAGAACGUGCAGUGCCCUUUUUAGAAACCAAUCAAAAAGUUACAUCAUAAUCCUGUCUUAUCGUUUUUUCACGAAGUCAUGCUGAUGCGAAGCCAAGCUGUACGGUGGGUCGUUUUUUUGACACUUUGCCUGGUUUUGGUCAAGGGCUUCCCCACAAAAAAGCGCAGAGCGAAUCACAUCAAAAGCAGGAGCAGUGCUUCUGCAGAGGUUCAAGGUCAUGGUGGCUCCAAAGAUGCCAGACAGACACUGUUGGAAAUUCAGCAGCACAACCAGCUAAGGAGCAUCCCGGAUUCACCUCGACGCCAUAAAAGGAGAUGGUCGCAGAUUCGCUCUGAAGGAGUUCUCCCCAAACCUGCUCCGCAUGAGGAAGAGGAACCUUUCGUUUUAGACCUGAAGAACUUCCCUGAUCUUGCCAAUGCAGACCUGGGCUCCCAGAACCCGAAUAUUCAAGUCACCAUUGAAGUUGUGGAUAACCCUCAGAUGGAGGUUGAGAUGGAUCUGGUCAAGGAGGACAGGAACGACUGGUCUUUGAGCUCUGAAGAAUUCCUGGGCCAUAAAAAGCUUUUCUGGCCUCUGUUCUGGGAAUACCAUGACUCCAGUGAAGAAAAUCAAGGAAGUUUGGAGGAGAACGGAGAAGGUUUUGGCUAUGAUGGAGAAGAUUCAUUUUGGAGUGGCGUGGGUGCUGAUUGGAACAGGCGAUGGAAUGGCUGGGACACCAUGGACAAUUACGAAUAUGAAGAAGAGGAAUGGAGCGACUGGUCCCCAUGCAGUGCCACCUGUGGCCAGGGCAACCAGAAGAGGAUUCGUUCAUGUGGCUAUGCAUGCACUGCUACAGAAUCACGGACAUGUGACCUAGAGCGAUGCCCAGAUGACAUUUAUGAUGUGACGGAACCAACUCUUCUUGAUACGUCAAACAGUACAGAGCUUUUUGACACAGAUGUCGACAGCUGUGAGAAGUGGCUGAACUGUAAGAACGACUUCCUCCAGAAGUACCUGCACCAAGUCCUGACCGGACUACCCAGCUGCCCUUGCGUCUACCCGUCGGAGGUCGUCUACAGCGCCGUCAACAUUUUUGAUAGGAUACUGCAAAAAACCUUUCGCUGGCGAGACGCCAGCGGCCCCAAAGAGAGGCUGGACAUCUACAAGCCAUCCGCAAAGUUCUGCGUCCGUUCGAUGCUCUCGUUCGACAGCACCACGUUGGCGGCGCAGCACUGUUGCUAUGACGAUCAUAUGAAGCUGAUCACACGGGGCAAAGGGGCCGGAGCACCCAACCUCAUCAGUACGGAGUUUUCUCCGGAGCUACACUACAAAGUUGAUGUGCUCCCCUGGAUCCUCUGUAAAGGAGAUUGGAGUCGGUUUCAUUCGGUGCGACCGCCCAACAACGGUUUACAGUGUGUUGUGAAUCCACAGGAUGAUGUCUACAUGAAUGAACUCGAAGAGGCCAGAGAGUACUAAUCUAAUGCUAAGAUUAGUUUAUUUACGAUAUAUUUAUGCAUUUGGCCAAUGCUUUUUCCAAAGUGUCUUGGAAACUGUAAAUUCAACAGCUUAAAUUCAAAUGGAUGUUUGAUUUCUUGUUUGAUGGAGUACAUUACCGAACAGUAUUGAGGAUUUUUUUGAAUAUGCAGUGAAUGCAAACUUCCCCAUCAAUUAUGAAGGCAACAAAAGCUUCCUGCUUUGAUCUGAGUUGUCAUUGGUCAAGAAACUCUUUAGCGGAGACCUAAUAUAGAGUUGGAGAGAAGUUAAUCUGGAAAGUUACUUAAAGUAACAUCUGGACUGGGGCUAAGCCUAAGAUACUGUCACAAGCUGUUAUGUACAGCUGAACUGCAAUAACACUGGUUAAACAUGUUGGUCCAGAGCCCAGAUCUGAGGACUGUGAUGCAAUUUUCUUUGUUUUGUUUUUUUCUCUCUGUGACGAUACAUGCAAAGUCUAACAAGGUUCAGCAAAUGGCAAGUUGGCUGUAUUUUCAUUGGACUUAUGUUUGUUUACCUUCAGUUUCCUCAAAGACUCAGAUCUGCCAUUAAAGGAAUUUCAGUAAAGCUGCUAAAAUUGCGACAUAUUAAAAAACGCAACAGAAUGCCGAUUUUGUUGACUUUAGACCUGAAGCUGGAUCCUGGCCUAGGAUCAGUCCAAACAAAUCAAACACAAUCCGCGGUGCUGCUUGCAUACAGAUUCAAAAUAUUUCGGCGAAUAGUUCAUCUCUUUUGGAGCUUGUGUAUUGUUGUUUUAAAUAUACACAGACCUUGUGUCACGGGACGAUAUAUUUAUACAGAACCAUUUGACCUCUACCUUCAGCGAAGAAGUGCGCUAAACCACAAUUAGGGAAUCUGAGACGCACUACAGGACCUUUAUUUGAACUUAGCAAUGGGUGGUAUGUUUUAAAAAAUCGUCGGUAAAAUUGGAUCCCAUUUUCUUUUCUUUUUGCCUUUCAACACAACACAGCUUUGUAGUGAAUGCAAUACGAGACACUCACUUGACACCGGUGUAGGGGUUUGGCCAAGCUUGGUUGACGGAUUGAAGCUUUCCUAAAAGGUGAAUGAACGUCUUGUUAAAUACAAAGCCUCUUUCAACAUCUAAGUUCAUCCUUGAGUCUUAAUCAAUCCUGGAGGCUUAUGGGAUGUUGUUGGACCCUCGUCACCUUUGUCAGCAUGCCCGUUUAUCACAAUGUCUUUUAGUGAGAUGUUAAAACGGUAUGCGGUUGAUGUAAUUCCUAAAUACCAGACAAACACCUGUUCUGUAUAAACGCCCACCUCGGAUGACGUCUUAAUGUGUAAAUUAAAGCAGUGUGUACUCUUUGCAUGAUGUAAUGUGGCGGAAGUCAAGAUAUUGAACCAGAAAUUAAAAGGUUUAGUCUCAGGUGGGAUACCGAAAGUUAAAGACCUCUUUUUUAACCCUUAUGUGGUUGUCGGGGCCAUUUUUGGCCUUUUUUGUCUUAAUUUGGCCACAAUCAUCAUGUGACACCAUUAACCCUUUAGUAGGCCUUUGCAAAAAACAGAGCUUAAAGGAAUAUUCCAUUUUCUUAAAAGAAAAAUCCAGA